AUGUUCAGCCGUGUCCUAUGUUCAGCCGUGUCCUAUGUUCAGCCGUGUCCUAUGUUCAGCCGUGUCCUAUGUUCAGCCGUGUCCUAUGUUCAGCCGUGUCCUAUGUUCAGCCUGUCCUUUGUUCAGCCGUGUCCUUUGUUCAGCCGUGUCCUAUUGUUCAGCCGUGUCCUAUGUUCAGCCGUGUCCUUUGUUCAGCCGUGUCCUAUGUUCAGCCGUGUCCUAUGUUCAGCCGUGUCCUAUGUUCAGCCGUGUCCUAUGUUCAGCCGUGUCCUAUGUUCAGCCGUGUCCUAUGUUCAGCCGUGUCCUAUGUUCAGCUGUCCUAUGUUCAGCCGUGUCCUAUGUUCAGCCGUGUCCUAUGUUCAGCCGUGUCCUAUGUUCAGCCGUGUCUAUGUUCGCCGUGUCUAUGUUCAGCCGUGUCCUAUGUUCAGCCGUGUCCUAUGUUCAGCCGUGUCCUAUGUUCAGCCGUGUCCUAUGUUCAGCCGUGUCCUAUGUUCAGCCGUGUCCUAUGUUCAGCCGUGUCCUAUGUUCCUUCGUGUCUUGUUCAGCCGUGUCCUUGUUCAGCCGUGUCCUUGUUCAGCCGUGUCUAUGUUCAGCCGUGUCCUAUGUUCAGCCGUGUCUAUGUUCAGCCGUGUCCUAUGUUCAGCCGUGUCCUAUGUUCAGCCGUGUCCUUUGUUCAGCCGUGUCCUAUGUUCAGCCGUGUCUAUGUUCAGCCGUGUUCUUUGUCUAUGUUCAGCCGUGUCCUAUGUUCAGCCGUGUCCUAUGUUCAGCCGUGUGUCUAUGUUCAGCCGUGUCCUAUGUUCAGCCGUGUCUAUGUUCAGCCGUGUCUAUGUUCAGCCGUGUCCUAUGCAGCCGUGUCCUAUGUUCAGCCGUGUCUUUUGUUCAGCCGUGUCUAUGUUCAGCCGUGUCCUAUGUUCAGCCGUGUCCUAUGUUCAGCCGUGUCCUAUGUUCAGCCGUGUCCUUUGUUCAGCCGUGUCCUUUGUUCAGCCGUGUCCUAUGUUCAGCCGUGUCUAUGUUCAGCCGUGUCCUUUGUUCAGCCGUGUCUAUGUUCAGCCGUGUCCUAUGUUCAGCCGUGUCCUAUGUUCAGCCGUGUCCUAUGUUCAGCCGUGUCCUAUGUUCAGCCGUGUCCUAUGUUCAGCCGUGUCCUAUGUUCAGCCGUGUCCUUUGUUCAGCCGUGUCCUAUGUUCAGCCGUGUCCUUUGUUCAGCCGUGUCCUUUGUUCAGCCGUGUUAUGUUCAGCUGUCCUGUUCAGCCGUGUCCUAUGUUCAGCCGUGUCCUAUGUUCAGCCGUGUUCUUUGUUCGCCGUGUCUUGUUCCAGCCGUGUUCUUGUUCAGCCGUGUCCUAUGUUCAGCCGUGUCCUGUGCAUGUCCAACCGUGUCCUCUUAUUGUUGCAGGAAGUUGUUGA